AUGUCAUUUUCUCGUAAACAAACGACCAUUACACUCCAUUUUAUAAAAAUAAUCUCUAAUAAUGUCUGGAAAAUCCAAAUCGGUGUCGUCAACGGCCCCAAAAACGUACAAAAGUCGACCUUCUACCGUCGGGCCACCAACCACGCGCCGUUCCAUCGUACCGUCGACCACAAUGAAAGAUCGCAACACGCGUCCCACGAAAAUCAACAAAAACGCUACUUUGGUUAGCGAGGCCGAUAUAACAAUGCGUCCGGAGUUCGCUAUACCUGAUUUCGAGACGGAAAACAAGCAAGUAGCGUACGGGAAGUUUCUGCGUUCGAUGUUGGAAGACUGUUUGCUGGAUGAGAAGAUUGAAAGGGAGGAAACGGAAGUGGAUAAAGAAAUGGCGCUGUUGGCGGACAGGUUUCAGAAGACCAUGUCGCAGUUGGACAAGACUAAUCGGCGGCUGAAAGACAUAACCUUUGUUCAGGAACAGGAGAGACUAAUCGAACUGCGCCACCAAGACAACGCUAAAAUCUUUGAAGCAACUGCCAACAGCACUGCUCCGGAGAUCCUGAACAGCCUGUCCAACACCGAGCAAGCUCAUCUAGACAAGCUCGUUACAAAGAACGUUGAUUUCGGCUACGACAAGAACAGCGGAUACAAACAGCUACUAGACGCCGUACAAGAUGCCAUCGGAGGCUUCGAAGAAAUCAAGAAGCAUUCAAACCUAGAUAUGACCAAGUUUAAAGAAUAUGAGAAUACGAAAACUAUGUCCGAGCAGAUGGAAUUGAGUAAAAUGGAUCUGGAGAUGCUGAAGACGGAGUUUGAGGUUAAGUUUCCGCAGUUUAGUGAGAAACUGUUGAAGGAGGCUUCGGAGAAGUUUGCUAAGAUGGUAGAAGAUGGAGAGGAAUGAAUUUGUAUUGUAUUGUAUUUACAGUAGUACAGUACAUAUAGUGCUACUUUACCGCACUAGUGGGGUAAUAAGGACUUUACGUGGCUAUGUCGAAAAUUUAAAGGCCUAUAUGUACAUUGUACAGUCAGCAGCAGAAGUUACAAAGCGGCCGAGGUUUUCAAAAUGAUCUUGACGCGGCUUUAUUGUUAAGAGAAUAAGAGCGUGUCAAGGUAAUUUUGAACAUCUCGCCCGCUUAGCAACUUCUGCUGCUGACUGUACUGUAAAACGAUGUACGAUACACAUGCGAAUACGUAAUUCGCAACUUGUGUCGAUUUAAAUCACUCCUUUUGGUUGUGUUAAUUUAUCGCCACUCGUUUCGAAUGUCCUAUUUUUAGCACUUGUAUCGUAAUGUACUAUUACAGCACAUAUGGUGCUACUUUCCCGCACUAGUGACCAAAAACGGCACAAAAAUGUGAAAAGAAAUAAGUGUAAAGGCCUUUACAAUAAAUUCUGUAACAUACCUUAAUGUCUUAUGUAUUUUUAUAUCAUGUAUAUUAUAUUUAGUUUGUUGAAUA